ACCGCAUGGAUGAACUUCUCCGCUGAGGAUAACAGAAGAAUCAUCCAUGGACACCCUUGAAGUUGUAUGGAGCCUCUUCUAGGUGCUCAACAACCUGGAGCUCGCUGUAUCAAGCCGAGAUCCUCCUCCUUGCUCGGGGAUUCUUGAAAGAACAAUCGUUAUUUAGUGCGUCAACGGGCGGCUUCACAACUUGGGAAUAUGUUCGACAGCGGAACAUCGCUUUCUUCGCUCCUGACUCAGGGUUGGAGCCCUCUGGGAGCUGAUACGAAUUACAGGAAGCUUGAGCUUUACGAGAUGCAAUGGCACGCUCAGUUACCGGUUCAUUUGCAAGAUUUCCUCGUCGCGGUCGCGCCUUUCGGUGGAGCGAUCGCUCUACUGCGUAAAGACAGGGUUGGGAAACCAGGAGAAUGGAUUCAUGUUUUCUCGGCGGCUGGGAGUCCUAUCAAAAACAUUCGUUGGGAAGGGGGAGCGAUAUCGAACCUCGGGUGGUCCGCUUCCGAGGAAUUGGUGGUCGUCAGCGUCGACGGUUCUGUCCACGUCUUCCCCUUGGAUCCUCACAUCGUUAGAGUGAAGACCUCCUUCACACUAGGGAAAGAAGCCAAGGACCUCGGGGUCAUAGACUCACGGGUUUUCAACAGCCGACACAAUGGGAGCACUGGCGUCGCUGUUUUGACUGCUGCCUACAGAUUCUUCGUGGUGAAAUCCCUGCAGGAUCCAAGAACGAAUGCCUUGAAAGAAAUCGGACUCGACUCGCCCCCUUCUUGCUGGCAGGUGGUAUCCACUGCGGACAACCUACGAAUAAUCGUCGCUAAAGAUACCCUCAUCUACAUCCUCGAUGUGAACGACAGAUCUCUGAAACAAGUUUCGGUUCAUUUCGACUCCGGAAUAACGGCGAUCACUGAGAUGUGCUUGUCGUUCAAUCAGCAGCAGUUGGCCCUGUUCGCGGACACGGGAGCUGUUUGGAUGGGCUUGUCGGACUUGAGCAUGAAGAAAAGCGAGCACAAUACAAAGAAUCGAGGUCGACCGAAAAUGAUGGUCUGGUGCGGAAAGGAGGCGGUUGUGGCGACCUGGAACAAUCUCCUCAUACUGGUGGGGUUUGAGCAACAGGAUAUGCGAUAUGCCUUCGAUGAAGCCAUCCACGUUGUUGCCGAGCCAGACGGCUGCCGCAUCGUCUCCAACACCCGACAGUACCUACUGCAUAAGGUGCCGAACGAAGUGAACGACGUGUGUAAGCUUGGCUCUUUCGCGCCGGGACGACUUCUACUCGAAGCCUCAGAAGCCUACAGGAAACAUCUGCACACUGCCGAUGAUUACUUGGCAUCCAUCAAAGAAGACGACCAGUUGGACGUUGCGGUUGAGCAGUGCAUAAGAGCGGCCGGACAUCAAUGGGAUGAAGUCACUCAAAAAGCGCUCCUGAAGGCCGCUUCCUUCGGCAAAGUGUUCCAGAGCGAGCAGAAAGAUCCCGACGAAUACGUGACCAUGUGUAAAAAAAUGCGGGUUCUCAAUGCCAUCCGAAGCCCCGAGAUUGGAAUGCCUUUAUCUUUCCGACAAUUCGACGGUCUGGGCGAGCGGGUCGUGAUCGAUCGUCUCAUCGUGAGGCAACACUGGCCAAUCGCUCAAACCAUCUCAUCGUUCCUUAAACUGGGGAUGGAAAACAAGAUACUCGUACACUGGGCUUGCUACAAAGUUGAGCAGAAGCAUCUCAAGACUGACGAAGUUGCCAAGGCUAUAGGUGAACGUCUUGCGCAUGUUCCCGCCAUUCAGUAUUCCGAGAUCGCAAACAGAGCCGCAGAUGAAGGAAGGAAAGACUUAGCGGUUCUGCUCCUUAACUUCGAGCCUCGCGCCGCUGAACAAGUUCCUCUAUUGCUCAAAUUAACGAAACCCGAGGAUGCUCUCAUGAAGGCCAUCGAGAGCGGUGACGCCGACCUCGUAUACCAGGCCAUCUUCCAUAUGAAGGACCAUUCACCCGCCGGCUUCAACUUGAGUCUCCGGAAAUUCCCCGUGGCACUGAAUCUGUAUCUUAAAAUGUGCCGGGAAAACAAUAGGGAGAUCCUGGAAAACCUCAUCGACCAAGAAGAUGAUCACGCGGCCAUGGCGAAAAUAAAGAUGGAGGACGCGGCAGCUACACCUCAGCGAGAGCAGAAAUUGGCGCUCCUGAAGACGGCGUCGGAGCAGUUCAGGCGGGCACCGGAUGAGUUCUCGGCGAAACAGAUGGAAUUGCAUGUGAAACUAUUGACUAUCCAACAGAAGAUGGAGCAGAAAGAGCCUUCACGGCAGCUCUUCGGGAAAAGUCUCAACCAUACUAUAACGCUCCUGCUGAAGGAUGGAGAAUUCCGAAUGGCUGAAGAUCUCAGGAGAGAUUUUGCCGUCAGCGAUAAGCGUUGGAUGUGGUUGAGAGCCCAGGUUUUCGCGAAGGAAAAACAGUGGGGUGAGCUUGAGAAACUCUCGAAACUGAAACGCAUCCCAUUGAUUGGCUUCGAGGGUUUCGCGGAACUAUGCUUGCGAGUGAACGAUAAACAAGAAGCUUUGAAAUACAUCCUAAAGCUCAAGGAGGACUCCAAGGUUAAUUACGUAUUGAGGUUCACGGAUGGCGACAUCUCGAAAGCUGCUCGCUUAGCGUUAGAGCAGAGAGAUUUGGAAUGCCUACAUCUCCUCCGAGAGAAGGCUAUCGAGAAACCGAAAACGGCCUCGCUCGCCAAUGAGAUUGACGAGUUCAUUCUCACCCUUAGCGCCAAAAGAUGAAGGCAGCCUCCGGGUGCUACUUGGGUCAAAUCAAGGAGUUGAUGCAUUGGGCUGAUCUAUAGUCUCCCAUCUGAAAGUAAAAUUAAGCGCUAGUUGCAGUCCCGAUGGAGUCCGAUCAGACUUGAAUUCCAGAAACGAGAAAGUCAUGAUUGUUGAUUCCUCGCGACUCACCGAUAACGACGAGAGACGGUCGCAAGAUGCCGUGGGUUUACAAGAUGAGCUUGGGAUCCGGUCCAAUUUCCAAAUAAAUAACUGUGAUUUA